CCACCGCGUACGGUGGCUCGUGGUCCUCACUACCCACGUCUCUGACCCCAUGGAUAUUCGAUGUCAUUCAAUCCAUGGGACACACCCAGAUGACGCCAGUUCAAGCGUCCACCAUCCCGCUCUUUAUGCAGCACAAGGAUGUCGUAGUCGAGGCUGUCACAGGGUCCGGAAAGACCCUCGCAUUCGUCAUCCCAAUUCUCGAGCGCCUCAUCCGCCGCGAACGAAAGCUCCGGAAAAGUGAAGUCGGAGCGCUCAUAAUCAGUCCGACACGUGAGCUUGCAACCCAAAUCCACUCUAUAUUCACGCUCUUCCUCUCCGCACAACCACGCCAGGAACCCGCGAACCCGGAUGAAGACCCCCCGGAACCAGACUAUCCGGAUGCUCUGCUGCUCAUCUCAUCAGAUACCUCCUCUCCUGCGCAAGACAUCGAGCGCUUCACUGCUACGGGUGCUGAAAUCGUCAUCGGGACGCCUGGACGCGUCGAGGAGUUUCUGAUGGGCAAGGGACGCACUGUGGUCAGCGUGAAGGAAUUGGAGGUACUGGUUCUCGACGAAGCAGACCGACUCCUUGAUCUGGGUUUCCAGGCCGCUGUCACGAAAAUCAUAACCCAUCUACCGAAACAACGGCGGACAGGCCUGUUCAG